GGAAACCUGUUUACCUCAGGUAGAACUUCUUCAAAAAAAAAACAGUUCGCUUUGCAUAUUGAAUGAUUGAUAGUCCAUUUACUGAUGCACUGACCAAUGAGAGAAGGCUUGAGGCGUGUUUACAUGAGUAGUCCCGCCCACAAUGAAGAAACCCAGCAUGAACAGGCAGAGCAGGACUGUGCUGGAUUGAAGAGCCAAAGGGGACAUUCCUGAAAAAAUCUGCUGAAAACAUAUCUGGAUCAGAAUGGCAACACUUAACAAUACUGGAGUAACUAAUGAUAGUCAAGUCUACCGUUGUGAGUUAAAAGAGAACUUCAAGUACAUUCUCCUCCCGGUGAGUUACACUCUGGUGUUUGUGUUCGGUCUGGGGUUGAACAUCACGGCCAUGUACGUCAUCCUGUUUCGCACCAAACACUGGAAGCCCAGCACCAUCUACAUGAUCAACCUCAACGUCUGCGACACGCUUUACGUCCUCACCCUGCCGUUCCUCAUCUACUAUUACGCUGAUAAGAACGACUGGCCGUUCGGGGAGGUGAUGUGUAAGCUGAUUCGCUUUCUCUUCUACACAAACCUCUACGGAAGCAUCCUCUUCCUCAGCUGCAUCAGUGUGCAUCGCUUUUUAGGCAUCUGCCACCCGAUGCGCUCUUUAUACUGGAUGAACGGCCGGCGUGCUCGUAUGGUUUCUGUGGGAAUAUGGGUGAUCAUUCUCAUCUUACAGGCACCGAUUCUUUAUUUCUCCAGGAUGAGACGUAAUGAUACUGAUCUGGUCUGUCAUGACACCACCAUCCAGGUGCUCUUCAAUGACUUUAUUGUUUACAGCUCGGUGGUGAUGUUCCUGCUCUUUGUCAUACCGUUUGGAGUGGUGCUGGUCUGCAACGGCCUGAUGGUGAAGAAACUUCUCGAUCCCAGCGGUCUCAGAGAACCAAUGUCACAGCGCUCCAAACAGAAGUCGGUGAAGAUGAUUAUUAUUGUGCUUCUGGCUUUCGUGUUGUGCUUCUUGCCUUUCCAUGUGAACCGCAGUAUAUACUACACCUUCCGUUACCUGGACAAACAUGACUGCAACAUAAUACGACUCUCCAACAAUGCCUACAAGGUCACGCGACCUCUGGUCAGUCUCAACAGCUGCAUCGACCCCAUCCUCUACUUCAUGGCAGGACAGAGCUUCAGAAGCAGCUUCAACAAGAAAUCAAGCAUGAAGUCUGAAAAAACCCUUUCAACAUUACAAAAUAUGAAGCAGCAGAAACGUUUUCAACACCAAGAAGAAGAAGAAAAUGAAGAAAAAGAAGAAGAAGAAAUGUUUCUUUAAGCAGCAUAUUAGAACGGUUUCUGAACAAUCAUGUUACACUGAAGACUGGAGUGAAGAUGCUUUGCAUCGUAUUAAUAAAUUACAUGUUACACUGUACUCCUACAGAAAACAGUUAUUUCUGUUUUUAAUGAAUUUUUGAUCAAAUUAAUGCAGCCUUGGUGAGCAGAAGAUUUAUUUUUAUUUUUCAAAAUCAUAAAAAACUCUCACCAGCCCCAAACUUCUUAAUGGUAUAUUAUCAGAAAAACCAUCCUAAAUAUACAGCAUGGAGAUGCAAAGCAUUUAACAUCAGUCUGUAUAGAUGAAGAGAUGUAAAGAUGAAUUUCCACAUCUCUGAAACUGAAGUAAAGUUCUGUAUUUCAAGAGUAUAAAUAUCAAGAAAAAACAACAUUACUAUUAGAAUAAUAAAUGAAAGCAACACAACACAGUGCUGAGGUUCCCCUUAACUUUUCAUCCUAGUUGAUCUUUGCAAAGUAAGGUGUAACAGCCACUGUGAUGGUAUCAAGAAAUGAUUGCAAAAAAACACAUGUGUAAUGUAUCUAAAUUGACUUUAUAUCAAAUGUGCAUGUUAACAAAACUGUGAUGCUACUUGAGUAGCCUUGCCUGUCACUACUUUCUCUGAACUACAAAUAAAUACAACUGAAGAAGGAAAUGGUGAAGCAGAGUAAUAUCUCAUAAUAUACAUUUUUCAGUUACCUCAGUAAGUUGUGACGUAACGUGCAUGAAAACACGAAUUUCACUCUGAGCAAAGCUGAGCUGAGUGCCGUAACCAUUCAGUCUCAUCUCAUUAUUUGAGGUGUAGCGCAGCACGUGCAUUGACUCAUUCAGCUUUCAGUGCAACAGAUCUUGUGGAUUCAUGUUUCUCUACAUCUGAGGACUGACGAACACUUGGCUAUAUCCCGUUAGAGGAAGAUUCACCAACAUGUGUCAGAGGAGCGUUCACAUGGCAAGCCAAACUCAACUACGACAAUUUUAUGCUUAAAUGUGUUUUUUUUUUUUUUUUUUCAGAUUGGACACACUGAAAAAAUUAUUUCCAUACUUUCUUAACUUUCUUAAAUGAAGAUACAUUUAAUUGAGAAGCGGAAAGACAUGUCAAGAAAAUAACAAAUAUCUGUCAGUGAGGAAAUAAAAAAUAAACCUUAUUUAAAGAGAAAAAAAUUAUAUACUUAUCCCACUGACCGUUCAGUUUUCUUGCAAUAUUUAUCCUAAAUCUAUGCAUUUAACUUUCAAGACUUACCCGUAUUUUUCGGACUAUAAGUCGCACUUGAGUAUAAGUCGCAUCAGUCCAAAAAUACGUCACGAUGAGGAAAAAAACAUAUAUAAGUCGC